AUGACUGAUUUACUUCGAAAACCUUUAGUGGAAGAUCAAAAUCCUAUUGGACCAGUUGAAUUGUCGUAUGACAGUGUAGAGAAUGAAGGCAAUCAGCCAAUUAUGAUGAAUUUCGGAGUCAUUCCAUCAAAAGAACCACCAGCAAUUCCAAUGGUUCGUUCGGAAAGAGUGCCCCUUUCGCCGCUUUCACCCUCGUCAAACGCAUCUCCUCGAACAUUGGAGUUGAAUGGAAAUGUUGGAUUUGACACAUUACCUCAUCAAAUGGUCAAGAAAGCUAUUGAGCAAGGUUUCCAUUUCAAUUUGAUGUGUGUUGGUGAGACGGGACUUGGAAAAACAACACUUAUCGAGUCACUUUUCAAUAUGAAACUUGAAUUCGAUUCCUGUGAUAAUGAGCUAACGACGGUUGAAUUGAGAAGCAAGAAAUACGAAGUGAUGGAGGGUGGGAUUCGUCUUCGGAUGACAAUUGUCGAGACGGCCGGAUUUGGGGAUCAAUUGGACAAGGAUAAGAGUGCGAGUUUGAUUGCGAAACAUCUCAACGAUCAAUUUGAGAAAUAUUUCAAAGAAGAGCUAAAAAUUCGCCGUAUGUUGUCCUUCUAUGAGGACACUCGUAUCCAUGCGUGUCUCUAUUUUAUCUCACCAACAGGACUCGGCCUCAAAGCGCUUGACUUGGUGACUCUGCGCGAGUUGAGUAAACGAGUGAAUGUGAUCCCGAUCAUCGCCAAAAGUGACACCAUCAGCAAGGAUGAUCUCAUUCGUUUCAAAAGCAAAAUUCUCUCGGAAUUAGCGCAAAAUCACAUUGAAAUCUAUCAAUUCCCGACUGACGACGAAACGGUGGCCGAAAUCAAUUCGCAAAUGAAUAAAUUUACUCCUUUCGCUGUCAUUGGCAGUACGGAUUUCGUGAAAAAAGAUGAUGGCAAGUUUGUACGCGCGCGACGGUAUCCAUGGGGAAUCGUUGAAGUCGAAAACGAAGAUCACUGCGACUUUGUGAAACUUCGCGAUGCACUCCUUCGCACAAAUGUUGACUCGCUUCGUGAACGAACACAUUCGGUGCUCUAUGAAAAUUAUCGACGUGAAAGACUCCGCUCUUCGAUGAAUGACGGAGACGGUGAUGCGAUUCGAUUCAUCGAAAAUUGUGCUCAGAAAAUGCAAAAGUACACCUUGGAAAUGAGAGCGAAAGAAAAAGAACUCGAGGAGGAAUAUGAUAAACGAUUGGCACAAUAUGAGGCACAGAUGCAAAGUGAAGAGCAAACGCUUAUGCGAGCCAGCCAAGACGUCGAGACAAGAUAUAUUCAGCAAAAUGAACUUCUCGACGCUGAGAUGCGAAAUGUGCAAGAAGAGAAAGAGCGAAUCGAGUUGAAAUUGAAGAAAGGGAAAAAG